UGAGUAGUAAGUAAUAAGACUCAUCAACUCUAUCUAUAUAGCUCUACCUAUACAUCAAGAAGAAGAAAAAAAUGACCGUUGGAGAAGAAACACCCAGUUGUUUCCCAAUUUUCAUAAUAAUAUAUUUAAUUAAUUAAGAUUGUCACAUGUAACACACACUAUAUAUACACACACAUACACAAAAUACACAAAUGUUAUUGUGUCUCCAAAUCAUUGAAAAGCUCUCUCUCUCUCUCUCUCUUCAGAGUUUCAGCUCAAGACAACAAUUCCAUUAUUCUCUCUUACUCUUUCUAUACUUUAUUAUUAUUAUUGAAUUGUUCAUAAUUUGUGUGAGUUAAUUAAUUAAUCUUCAUUUAAUGCAUGUUGUUAUGGGUUGUUGUUGUACUUUCAGGUUAAAUAUGGUGUUCAUUAUUCUGAUCACAUUAUGGACUACAACACAAGCAAGUGUUGUGAGCAAGAGCCAUAGGCACAAGUGGAUUGGACCCGUCGGACACCGCCUCAUCACCGUCGAUGUAAAGGGCGGCUCGGCUCAGUUCAAGUCGGUUCAAGCGGCGGUGGAUUCGGUUUCGGAGAACAAUACAGUUAGCAUUACCAUACUAAUCAGUCCAGGAUACUACAUAGAGAAGGUGGUGGUUCCAGUGAGAAAGCCGUACAUAACAUUUCAAGGAGCAGGGAGAGAAAAUACAGUGAUUGAAUGGCACGACAGAGCUUGUGAUCCUGGUCCUAAUGGUCAACAGCUUAGGACUUACAGAACGGCUUCGGUUACUGUUUUUGCUAACUAUUUUUCUGCAAGAAAUAUCAGCUUUAAGAAUACAGCGCCGGCUCCGUUGCCGGGGAUGCAAGGGUGGCAGGCGGCGGCGUUUAGAAUAUCAGGGGACAAGGCGUACUUCUCAGGGUGUGGAUUCUAUGGGGCUCAGGAUACCUUGUUGGACGAUGCUGGACGCCAUUACUUUAAGCAGUGUUAUAUUCAAGGCUCCAUUGAUUUCAUCUUCGGCAACGCUCGCUCCAUGUACAAAGAGUGUGAGCUGCACUCGAUAGCCACUCGGUUCGGUUCGAUAGCGGCUCAUUACAGGAACUCGCCGUACGAGAAUACAGGGUUUGCUUUCGUCAAGUGUAGAGUGACUGGUACGGGUCCAUUGUACAUAGGACGAGCCAUGGGGAGAUAUGCUAGAAUUGUUUACUCUUUUACUUACUUUGAUGACGUGGUUGCACAUGGUGGAUGGGAAGACUGGGAUAACAUCAAUCGUGACAACAACAACAGCAAGAAUGUACUUUUGGGAGUGUACAAGUGUUCUGGUCCAGGAGUAACAGCACUGCAUGGGACAUCUUGGGCCAGAGAGCUUGAUUUUGAUACGGCUCAUCGCUUUUUGGUCAAGAGUUUUGUAAAUGGCAGACAUUGGAUUGCACCCUCUGAUGCUUAAUUAUUUCAUUAAUUAUUUACCGUACACAAAAAUUAUAUUCAAUUCUUUUCAAUUUUUCAUGUGUAAUAUAAUAUAAUAACUUGUAUCAUGUUAUGUAUUUCUGGCUUGAAUAAAUAAAUAAAACACAUAUAUAUAUAUAUGGACUUUCUUUC